CCCCCCCCCUUUUUUCCAGCGCCCCCCCAGGCUGCUGAAGAAGCCAUCGCAGCUCCCAGCCGUGGAGGUGAUCGCCCCCGGGGGGUCCUACAACCCCACCUUCGAGGACCACCAGGCGCUGCUGCUGAAGGCACAUGAGGUGGAGGUGAGGAAGAAGAGAGCGGAGGAUAAAGUGGAGCGGCAGCUUCGCUUCCCCACAGCUGCUGAGGCCCCCACUGCGGAGACAGUGUUCCGGGAGCAGUGCGAGGGGCUGCUGGAGGAGUCGGGGAGUGAGGAGGAGGAGGAGGAGGAGAAGGAAGAAGCAAUGGAAGGGGGGGCACAGCCCUCAGACCCCACAGAGCCCCCAAAGCCGCCCCCCAGGCCGGGCAAGAAGACGGAGCAGCAGAGGAGGAAAGAGAAGGAAGCGCGGGCACAGGAGCUGCGUCGGCGGCAGGACAAGUUGCUGCGGGGCCGGAGGCAGCAGCUGUUCCGUCUGCGCUCGCUGGGCCGGCAGCUGCGGUGCUGGGAGCAGGAGCUGCUGCGACGGAGGAUGCAGCGAGAGGCCAAACGGAGACAGAUGGAGGGGCUGCCACGGCGCCUGGGGAGGCUCAAGUAUGAGGACCCCGCGCUGGAGGUGCAGCUGAGCGAUGAGUUGGCAGAGUCGCUGCGAACGCUGAAGCCUGAGGGCAGCCUCCUGCACGACCGCUUCAAGAGCUUUCAGAAACGGAGCCUGAUUGAGCCCCGCGAGCGGGCAAAGUUCAAGAGGAAAUACCGCCUGAAGUACGUGGAGAAGAGGGCGUUCCGGGAAGUGACGUUGUAGCUGUGGAUCCUCAGCCCAAUAAAACCCCUCUGUGCCCCA